AAGUGACCGAGCGGCGACAUCAUGGAGAGGCAGCGCGUCCCGCACUACACCGGGGUUACUCGGGAGCGUUUUUUGCAGGACGUCUAUCCUCUGAGAAAGCCUGCAGUACUGAAAGGAAUAGAUCUGGGCCCUUGUGUAACCAAAUGGACAGUAGAUUACCUUUGUCAAGCAUCAGGGAAAAAAGAAGUAAAAGUUCAUGUUUCCACUGUGCCACAGAUGAACUUCCUUAGUAAGAACUUUGUGUAUAGAACAUUGCCUUUUGAUGUAUUUGUAAAAAGAGCAGCUGAAAUCAAACAUUCGGAUUAUUUUCUUUCAGAGGAUGAAAAGUAUUAUUUACGAUCAUUGGGAGAUGAUCCCCGAAAGGAUAUUGCAGAUCUGAGAAAGCAGUUUCCCUUCUUGGCAGAUGACAUUCAAAUUCCAGAAUACUUUGAUAAGGAACAGUUUUUCUCGAGUGUCUUCCGCAUAAGUUCAGAAGGUCUACAACUUUGGACACACUAUGAUAUAAUGGAUAACUUCUUAAUUCAGGUGACAGGAAAGAAACGAGUUGUACUGUUCAGUCCCCGUGAUGCACCAUAUUUAUAUUUAUCAGGCACGAAGUCUGAGGUACUAGAUGUGGAUAAACCAAACAUGAAGAAAUAUCCUCUCUUUAUCAAGGCUAGACGUUAUGAAUGUCAGCUGGAAGCAGGAGACGUCUUAUUCAUUCCUGCCUUGUGGUUCCAUAAUGUGACUUCUGAGGAAUUUGGAGUUGGAGUCAAUGUUUUCUGGAAGCAGCUUCCUUCUGAAUACUAUGAUAAAACAGAUACGUAUGGAAACAAAGAUCUCACUGCAGCCUCAAGAGCAAUACAGAUUUUGGAUAGAGCAUUAAAAACCCUGGAAGAACUUCCUGAGGAAUACAGAGACUUCUAUGGUAGGAGAAUGGCAUUACACAUCCAAGAAAAAACUUACAGCAGUAAUUAUGAAUAAUUUUUUUGAAUACUUGUUUUAGAAACAUAUUAAACUCUCUCUUGUGAACCAAUUAA